CCCUUCACCUCCCCACCUCCCAUCCACAUCAGCGCAUUAAUUGACAUAUUACUUAUUGACAUUAACACCUGCCUGUCCCUCAACGCUGCGCCCUCCUUGCUUACUGUACUCAGGCCUACUUCCUCCCUAACCCCCAUUCUCCUCCUCCUUACCCCUAGGGCAGGGGGGCUCCUCUUCAUACCUGAGCAGCAAUCAGGAUACAGAACAUUGUUUUAUUCCAUCUUGUCCACAUGAACCAUGUCUGUCUAGAUUAUUCAUUUUCAGUGGUGUAUCGUUCCUCGCCAGCCUGGUGUGGAAGUUUCGAGGUGAAAACAUGGAAACCCAGGACGUUUGUGGAUUACAUGUAGCUCCCAGAGGUUUGUUGGUUGAUGGUGACUGCACUAACUCCGCUCCUGUUCUUCAUGCAGUGGAUGCCACUGCUGAAAUAAUUGAGAACGCAUGCAACUUGCAUCCGGCCUGCUACACCAGAGAAAGCGGGCUGCUAGCUGUCUCAUCCACCUGUGUCAUGUUGGAAACAAGAGGAGAAAUACCUGGCAGCGAGGAUAUGCGAAUGGACCCUGCUGGGGGAGAGCACCAUCUGCUUUUGGACAAAAACAAAGAGAAGGCUCUCGGGAAAGAAGUGAUGUUGCUCAUGCAAGCUUUGAACACGCUCAGCACCCCAGAGGAGAAACUGGCAGCUUUGUGCAAGAAAUAUGCAGACUUGUUGGAAGAGAACAGAAGUGUCCAGAAGCAAAUAAAACUACUUCAGAAGAAACAGGCACAGAUAGUGAAGGAGAAAGUUCACCUGCAGAGUGAGCACAGCAAAGCCAUUCUCGCUCGCAGUAAGCUGGAGAGUCUUUGCCGUGAACUUCAGCGUCAUAAUAAAACAUUAAAGGAGGAAAACAUGCAGCGAGCACGGGAGGAGGAAGAACGUCGCAAGGAAGUGACGGCACAUUUUCAAAUGACCCUCAAUGAAAUUCAGGCCCAGAUGGACCAGCACAACCUGCACAACACAAAGCUGCGACAGGAAAACAUCGAACUAGCUGAGCAACUGAAGAAACUAAUAGAACAGUAUGAACUACGAGAAGAGCAUAUUGACAAAGUUUUCAAGCAUAAGGAACUACAACAGCAAUUGGUAGAUGCCAAGCUCCAGCGAACUACAGAGAUUAUGAAAGAGGUGGAUGAGGAGCAUCAUAGAGAGAGGGAGUUUCUGCUAAAAGAAGCGACUGAAUUGAGGCACAAGUGUGAACUGAUGAAGCAGCAAGAGGCACAACUGAAACAACAGCUUUCUCUGUAUAUGGAUAAGUUUGAAGAAUUCCAGAGCACAUUGGCAAAGAGCAAUGAAGUUUUUACAACGUUCAGGCAGGAAAUGGAAAAGAUGACAAAAAAAAUCAAGAAGCUGGAAAAAGAGACCACAGUGUGGCGUACUAAGUGGGAGAACAACAACAAAGCACUCUUACAGAUGGCUGAGGAGAAGACACUUCGAGACAAGGAAUACAAAGGCCUACAGGUGAAGUUGGAGCGGUUGGAAAAGCUUUGCAGAGCCCUGCAGACGGAGAGGAAUGACCUCAAUAAAAAAGUGCAGCUUCUUCAGUGUCAGCUUUCAGGAAAUGAUCAGCCUUUAGAUCUGACAGAAGAAGACUAUCAGGCGUGCAAGACCCCAGAUCCUCCCGAACUGGCGGUGGUGAACACUUCAAGUCAGGAGGAAGCUGGAAGCCAAUCUCAUGCUACAGCUAUUUUAAAUCAGGAAUGUUCAACUAGCGACGUAGAAAAUGCAGUUGUGGCUUCGGGCAUAGAUUCUGUUGACUAAAACUAUCUGUUUUAAAGAGUUGUGUGGAGUUAUAUAUUUUUGUGUAAUUAUUGUUUGAGUUGUUUCUUGGUAAUUAUUGGCUUUGUGGUGAGAAUUUCUUACACAUUUUUCUACCAUAUCUGUAUUUUCUUAGGGGAAAAAGGAAUUUAUGUGGUUCAAGUAGUUGUAUGGUGGGUCAAGUUUAGUCUACUUUAUAAAUUUUCAUAAUUAAUUACAAUUCCUUCAUUUUUAAAAUUGAAAUUUUUGACAUUGCAAUCCACCACAACACAAUACUUGGACUGAGAUGUAAACAUUUCAUGUGAUUUUAAUAACAGACGAGUAACUUUUUUUAAAAAAACUGAGCUUGACUUUUUUCACAAUUAGCUGCAAUUGGAUAUGUUUGAUUGGGACAUGCUUCCAGAGAAAGGAUUGCUGUUGGCUUUUCUGACAUUGUGCUUUUUGGAUCUAGAACUUCCACAAAGCACUGUUUUUUGAGUGAAACACUUAACACAUGUGGGAACAUCUCAUGUAAAGAGUUGGAGAGUAACAGAGUGGUCUCUGAUUGUAGAUUGCUUCAGCUGAACAAAGGUGGAUAGGAAACGGGCUCUAUUAGCUGAGUGCCCUGUAUGUUUCUCGUCAGUUGUCUUCACAUGCCAGUGUCAGAAUGAAGCUUUCAAUGGAUCAUGAUCCUCAGUAAAUGUGUUGGGAUUGAGCUUAAUUUUGUAGGCCAUUCUCUCGCCAAUAUUUUUGUUAGUUUGCAAAGCUCUGAUGUCCCAGCAUUGGAGCUGACCCGAAUUUGUUAGUGGCAAUUGACCUUAAAAAAAAAUCUUUAUUUUGUUUUGUAGCUUGUUUGGUCAAAGCUGCCAUUUAAUUUAUUGUUUUCCUUCAUUUAUACUUCGUAGAGUUUUCGCUGACGCAAUUUGUUUUUGAAAUGUAGCUGUGGUAACUGCACUAUCUUUUCACCUCAGGAUUUGAACCUAGACCAAAGCUAAGGAGAUAAAAAUCCGGUGUCCCUGGUUCCAAGGGUUCCAAAUUAAAUUAGUUUUGACAGUCUGUAUAUCUGGUGCAUCUGGGUCUAAUAAGCCCAAAGCUGUCAGUGGUAGUCCUAUCCCUCAGUUAUUGUUGAUGGAAAAAUAAACAUUGGUUAAACACUGUGUAUGAAGAGUGGGGUCCUAUUGAGGUUACUGAUGAAACAAAUUUUAACCAUAGCAGGGACUUUUAGCUUCUAAAGCAUGCUAAGCAACCCCCAUCACCCUUCCACCCCCAAAACUAAAUGCUGGGAAACUUGACCAACCAACUUGAGCCCUGGAUGUGAAAAGAAACAUAAUUGAUUACAAGAUCCCUGUGGGUUUUUAACUGACAUAGUUACCUGUAAAACCGUAACAUUAUGAACUGCCCUAUCACUAUAUUGACUAUUAAACAACACAAUUCUCAUUUCAGAAAUGCUGAUUCAGGCCCUGUUUUAGUCAGAUUUUCAUGUUCAGUAUUUAACUGUUUUCUCUAUCUCACAACUGGUCACCUCUUUCUCGCUCAGUCAUAUCUGUAAAACAAUAUUCUAAGUUGAUUUGUCCCAAUGACAAAUGUACUUGACGCAUCAUUUUUAUCUCUUUUUUUAUCAACUCAUUUAUAGACUAGUUAUGGAGGUGAUCAUUAUGAAGAAUUUCUGACUUCCUCAUUCAGGAAAGAAUGUUGAGGAAACUGCACCGCAGUUGUAAGAGUUUGAAACUGAUUCAUAAAGAUCCAACAUCAUGUUAACAUUAGAAACUGACUACAUGACAAUUACUCAUGAACUACUGGUUACCAAAUGCUAUACUCUGUCAACAUUUUCCUGUUAGUUUUAGUCAGCUGGACAGCUUAUGUAUUCUCUAUGCAGUGUUCCCACUGAGUUGUGCCAUUGCUACACAAUCCUUGGGAAUGUGCUGCAUAAGGAACGCAUGUUGCAUGUUUAAUAAAGUUCUUUUAAGAUGUGAACAUGCAUUUUAGUAUCUUAAAGGGACUAUUUGGCACCCAAAAUAGGGAAAUCGAAGAGAUUGGCUUCCAUGCAGUAUAUCCUGCCAUCUUUCCAUUCUGCCUUUAACUCUGUUGUCUUCUUGAUGCUCAACAAAGCAUCAAGGUUAACAGCACUCUGUUAGGCAGAAUAUGCUGGGGGGUUUUUCCUGUGUGCUGAAUUACUCCGCCUAAACCUGAGGGUGUGGUUAUUGGUUUCUUCUCCUAUCUUGACAGUUGCCACGCUAGUGCAAGUAUUUGAUAUGUCAAACAUUCCACUCGUUAUUCAACUUUUUUCAGUUCUUUGCUCAUCCUUACGUUUCUCUCUGGAAUGUUAUGGAAUGUGAACCUACAAACCUCUUAUGAAUAUGAAUUUUUGUUUUGAGAUGUUGAGUUUUCUUUAAUCUCUUUGUAUUACAUGAAAAUAGACCACUCCAAGUUUAGGUACAUCCUGGUACGUCUGAAUGCCAAGACUUGAAACUAACUUUACAACAGAAUGUGUGUUUUGGAGUGAGCAAGUACUAUGUACUUUUUGGUACAGAAGUUAAUCUUUAUUUGCUGAAAUGUGUGUUGUAACUCAGCACUUAAUUGACUUUGUAUUUAUCUGGAGAAAGCUUCUAUUCUGGAGCAGCCUGAACAAAACUUGUCCUCAGGCCUCAUACAUAAGGAAUAUUCAUUGGGUUCAUGUUCCUAUGUUCAGUUUAAGAGCGAGUAGAAGGUGCAGGAAAAGCUCUGCAGGUCUGGCAGCAUCCAUGAAGAGAAAUCAAAGUUAACAUUUU